AUGUUUAUCACUGUUAUUUUCAAAUUUCUUGUUUACACUAAGUUGUAUCAGAUAACAAAUGAAAUUUCAAUUAAAACACUUCCAGAAGCUUCGAUGACCACUCAUGAAAUUGUCAGUCACCAUGGGUAUCCAUCUGAAAUACAUACUGUGACAACAGAUGAUGGUUAUAUACUCGAGUUACACCGUAUCCCAGGUGCCAAGAUAGCGUAUUCAAUGGUAAUGCUCAAUGUCAGUAUUGUAUCAAUUAUGUAUGAUGCUUAG